CCCUCUUUGCCUCCAUCAACAUCACUGCAGUGCCUUUGAGCUUUCGUUCUCUAGAGUGUCUAGGGUGAAUCUUGAGCGAGUGAGCGAGCGAUCUCUGUGUUGUGUAGUUUGUGAGCUAGGGUGAUGGCUAACACCGGACUUAGCAUCCCCAUGGUGAAUGGUGCCACAAUCCACCUCCUCCCUGGUUUCCGGUUCCGUCCAACUGACGAUGAGCUAGUCAUCAAAUACCUCUACCCCCGUGCUUUUCAUGUGCCACUGCCCUGUGCGAUCAUCACCGAUGUUGACAUCCAUCAUCACAACCCCUGGGACAUCGUCCCAGUGGCGGAGAGGGAGAAAGGGAAGCACUUCUUCACAAGAAAGGAGGUCAAGUACCCUGGUAGCCGCCGUAGCAACCGUGUUGCUGGUAAUGGCUUCUGGAGAGCAGCAGGCUCGGAGGUGCCCAUCUAUUACAAACCAGAAGGUGCUGCUAACGACAUGCUAGUUGGGAUGAGGCGGACUCUAGUGUUCCACUACGGAAAGUCACGAUCUGCAGAGCGCACUGAAUGGGCCAUGCAUGAGUUUCAGCUUGCUGGUGCUGGUCUCCUUCCUCACCCUAUGAUGAGGCAUGCAACCAGCAAUGGUUCAGAGCCACCCUGUGGCUGCCUUGAAGCGACAAUCGCUAAGAAAAGUGAUGGUCUCUCUGCAACUCUUCGUGCCAAGCGUGAUUCUGCCCCUCUUAUGAGAAUCAUGGUAGAACCCGAUAGCUCAUGGGUGAUCUGCUGCAUCUACAAGAAGAGGCAGCGUGCCCCGCCUGUUGUUAUCCCUCCUGUCAUUGGCGAUGUAGGGGAAGCUAUCAUCCCUCAUGCUAUUGGCGAUGCAAGGGAAGGCCAACUUCACUUCAUUGACUUCCUGGGGCAGCCAGCUCGCAAUGAUCCAUCCUCGCCCCAUAGCUGCACCAUUGACCCCUCCUCUUUGGAGGAAGGGAGUGAUGAGUCUGCCGGUGAUGGUGAAGAUAAGGAUGGUGAUGGCAUGAAUGAAGCAAAUUGAUCGAGUGUGAAGGAAGUGAACUGAGUCUCAAGAAUAAAAACUGCAAGUAUGGCGCUCCAUUCCAUGGAAGACCUGCAUGCAUCCUAUAUAUGUGCUUUUAUGUUCAAGUUGGAGAACUAUGUGUGUUGUCUUUAAGUUGGAGUACUCUAAGCUAUUCGAUCUGGAGAUUAUGCUGUUUUUAAUAAAAGUUUGAAGUGUAUCUGUCCUGUUUAAUUAGUUUCAAGAAAGCCAAGCGUGUUUGGGUUCUAGGAUGAACAAAGUCGUCCAAGAUGCAAGAAGUUCUAGAGAGGUAGCUACAUUUCUGGAAAUUGUUGCAUCUUCCUUUCUUCAAUAUAUAUAUAUUGUCCUAUUUCAUAAUGUCA